AGGAAGGGAAAAUGUGGUCCUCGCAGCUGCUAUCAGUGGCAUGUUUGUCUCUAGCAGCCAAAAUGGAGGAAACAAGGGUUCCACUUCUGUUGGACUUGCAAGUAUUAGAACCGAAAUUCAUGUUCAAGCCAAAAACAGUUCAACGGAUGGAGCUCUUGGUCAUGGCUGCUCUCAAAUGGCGAUUGUGUGUCAUAACGCCAUUCGACUUCUUGGAUUAUUUCUUCGAAAAGCUUCCAUGUCUUGAUACAAACGUAAAUCGCUUCAAUUGCUUUCUCUCACGAAUCUCAGACCUUAUUCUCGCCUCGUGCAGAGUCACUGAUUACAUGGAUUAUACACCAUCAACAAUAGCAGCAGCUGCAGUGCUUUUGGCGACUGAUCACAAAACAAUUAGCUUUCACGAGAGAGUAAGCAAUGAAAGGGUGAAAAGAUGUCAGCAACUCUUGAAGGUACAUUUGAUCCAAAUGUGUCAACAAGCUGCAGGCACUGAGCAGCAAUUAUUGAAACCAGCACCACCUAGUCCUGUUGGAGUGCUCGAUGCAGCAAGUAGUGGAAGAAGUAAUACUCAGAAGUUUCUCUCAAUGACUCCAAGUCAAGAAGAGACUAAAGAUUUGAGAGAGAGAAGAAAUGGAGAGACUGUGGCUACCUUAUGAGUUUUCUAAUUAUUUUAUAUUUACUUCAUUUAUUUUUAUUAAUUUUGUUUUUUUUUUUUUUUUGGAAAAUGGCUUUAUUCAUUGUGUGAGAAUAUUGAGUGGAAACAUUUUUCAUUGUGUAUCAUGAUGUAACUGUAAAGAAGUUUGGUUUGUUUGCACAAAAAAAAAAAAAAAAAAAUUCAUAUUGUACUAUACAAGUUUUUGCAAGUCCGUCCUUAGUAUUGCAAUUGCCUUCCUCAGUCCUUAGUAUUGCAAUUGCCUUCCUCAACUAUCGUUGCAUGAUAAAGGGAACAAAUUGCAACAUUUUCACAAUACUAGUGGUUAAAAGAAAAGUC